CCCCGCCCGGGCAUCGAACCGCGCUCCACAUGAUCGGUGCCCCGCACACGGACAUACUGUCUGCCUUCCAUACCCUCUUGUAUAGUCUUGACUCACGACGGUAGCACACUAGCAGAGGCUGGAGACGUAGUGAGGGGAGCUUGCCGUACUCACGGGAUGUGUUGUUUGUUGCAGAAAUGUACCGGCUGUUUGGGGACGGGCUGGGGGCGCCGCCCAUAGCGGGAGGGCGUGCCAGGUUCGAGUGUCCUGUGUGCGCCAAGGUGCUGAGUACCAGUCAUGGACUCAGAAGGCACAUAAAUGACCGUCACACAGUGCACCUCACCUCUUACCGCUGCUACGUCUGCAACAAAGAAUACCGCACGCCCAAUAGUCUACAAAAUCAUAUGUAUGUGUACCACAAAAGAGAAGGGAAGAGCUGAGGAGAACGACGGUCGCUUAGAGUGUCCACAUUGCCACAAAAUGUUGAAGGGUACAAGUCUGCGCAAACACCUCGAGGACAUGCACACUGUCCACCUCACACCUUACGAGUGCAAGAUCUGUCACAGGUUCUACCGCACUCCCAACAGCCUGCAGAACCACAGUAGCCGCUACCAUCGUCGCCAGCGGACCGACUCCUCCGGACCCUCGGAGUAUGAAGCUUCCAGCGCCCCGCCCUUCUCCACCGCCUCCAUGACUCCCGUCGCGGUGCCGCAGCAGUUGUCGUCGUUGCUGGCGGCCGCCGCAGCCGCCGCGCCACCACACGCACUUGAGCCCCCGCACCCCAGGACUGAGCAACGGGGCGCCACCGCCGCCUCCAGAGCACCAUCUGCCGGGGGACAAAGCCACAUCGUUCAGUGA